GGUAAUCCUGGACCUCCUGGUCCUGCUGGUCCUUCCGGUAAAGAUGGACCCAAAGGCGUGAGGGGAGAUGGUGGACCUCCAGGCAGACAGGGUGAUGCUGGGCUUCGUGGUCCCGCUGGAACUCCCGGAGAGAAGGGAGACGCUGGAGAGGAUGGUCCACCUGGCCCGCCUGGUCCUUCAGGUCCUCAGGGAUUGGCUGGUCAGCGCGGUAUUGUUGGUCUCCCUGGACAGCGUGGCGAGAGAGGUUUCCCCGGUCUGCCUGGACCUUCUGGUGAGCCUGGAAAGCAAGGAGCUUCUGGUGGUCCUGGAGACCGUGGACCCCCUGGACCUGUUGGACCACCUGGACUGACUGGACCUGCUGGAGAGCCUGGCAGAGAGGGCACCCCUGGAUCUGAUGGACCUCCCGGUAGAGAUGGUUCUCCUGGAAAUAAGGGUGAGCGUGGUAACACUGGUCCUGCUGGUGCUCCUGGUGCUCCGGGCGCUCCUGGUGCUUCUGGCCCAGUUGGUCCCACUGGCAAACAGGGAGACAGAGGAGAGCCUGGUCCACAAGGACCUGCUGGAUCUUCAGGACCUGCUGGUGCCCGAGGAAUGCCUGGGCCCCAAGGACCCCGUGGUGACAAAGGCGAGGCAGGAGAAGCUGGUGAAAGAGGACAGAAGGGACACCGAGGCUUCACUGGUCUGCAGGGUCUCCCCGGACCUCCAGGUCAACCUGGAGACCAGGGUGCUACUGGACCUGCUGGACCUGCAGGACAACGUGGACCACCUGGACCCGUUGGCCCUGCUGGAAAAGACGGUUCAAAUGGUCUGCCUGGACCCAUUGGACCCCCUGGACCCCGUGGUCGCAGUGGAGAGACCGGUCCUGCUGGUCCUCCUGGAAACCCCGGACCCCCUGGUCCUCCUGGUCCCCCGGGCCCUGGCAUCGAUAUGUCUGCCUUCGCUGGUCUGGGUCAGACUGAGAAAGGCCCCGAUCCUCUCAGGUACAUGAGAGCCGACCAGGCUUCUGGAAAUCUCCGACAGCAUGAUGCUGAGGUCGACGCCACUCUCAAAUCUCUCAACAACCAGAUUGAGAACAUCCGCAGCCCUGAGGGAUCCAAGAAAAACCCUGCUCGCACCUGCAGAGACCUGAAACUGUGCCACCCUGACUGGAAGAGUGGAGAGUACUGGAUUGAUCCCAAUCAAGGCUGCACCGUAGAUGCUAUUAAGGUCUUCUGCAACAUGGAGACAGGGGAGUCCUGCGUCCACCCCAAGCCUUCCAGCAUCCCUCGCAAGAACUGGUGGACCAGCAAGAGCAAGGACCGCAAACAUGUCUGGUUCGGAGAAAGCAUGAAUGGAGGAUUCCAUUUUAACUAUGGCGAUGACAGCCUGGCGCCCAACACUGCCGCCAUUCAGAUGACGUUCCUGAGACUGCUGUCCACUGAGGCUUCUCAAAACAUCACCUACCACUGUAAGAACAGCGUGGCCUACAUGGACGGCUCGACAGGCAACCUGAAGAAGGCCGUGCUGCUGCAGGGCUCCAAUGACGUGGAGAUCAGAGCCGAGGGCAACAGCCGCUUCACUUACGCUGUGUUGGAAGAUGGCUGCACGAGACACACGGGAAAAUGGGGCAAGACGGUGAUUGAAUACAGAUCACAGAAGACCUCUCGUCUGCCCAUCCUGGACAUUGCACCCAUGGAUAUCGGUGGAGCAGACCAGGAGUUUGGAGUCGAUGUCGGGCCGGUCUGCUUCUUGUAAAGAACGAGGGAUCAAAUUAUCGAGAAAAAAGAAGUGGAGAUUUGAAAAAGAAAAUAACAUGAAAGAGGAGCACACCUCAGAUAAAGGAGGCGAGGAAGAGAAAAAAGAAAAAUCAAGACACUUUUUUUUUAAAUGGGACUUUUUUUCUUAGUAGAAAGUGCUUUUCCAAGUUGAACUCCAUAGGAUAUCUGCACUGAAUGGCACCAGCACCUGUCAUUUGUGAUUCAUCCAGCAUUGCCUCCAGUCAGCUCGCCCCUGCCCACCCCAAACCACGGACUCCCUGUUUUCUCCAAAAAUGCUACCUCCCCACCUGCACCCCUUCUCCCUCCCUGCCAACUAAUCUUUUGCAUAUUCGCGAACAAGAAGGAGGAAGUAUGAGGAGAGUACAGGAGCAUACGUAGGAAUUGGAGAGAGAACAAUGUGUUGGUGUUAUUUAUUUAUUGUUUAGGUUGAGAUCCCUGGUGUGACAGGACUGAGUUUGUUGCUAAGUAUUGAAAAGUGGCUUACACACAAAUAAUUUCCACCAACUCUCUCUCGUACUUCCUCCUCUUUUCUAACCAUCCCAUCGCUCCUGUACAAUAUCCACUAAAGAAUGAAACAACAACAAUCAAGCUGCAAAGAAAGUGCAGGUGUUCCUAUUUCUACUGCCACAGUGUGUCAAAAGUUACUGUGUAUUAUAAAUAAAGUCAAUGGUGCUAUUGUUGUAAAACAGUUUGUAUUUUUUAUCAGCCAGAUACUCACAUUUAGUGACCUGUAUAUAUGUAUAUAUAUGUAUAUGUGUGUAUACAUAUAUAUACAGUUUCUCAGAGAGAGCAUGUCGCCCAGGAUUUUGGAUUUCAGGGUGAUAAAAGUCCCGGCUUGCCCCCCCCUCUUUGCUUCGUGCCUUCGUACAUAAACAAAUAUGGCCCCCUCGUAAAUUUUUACAAUCAAGUCAUGUUCAUUUCUUUAAAAAUUGUUUUCUUUUUCUUUUCCUAACAUUUGUUUUGGUAUGUUAAAGCUACCUCACGCUAAAAAAGAAGAUCUUGACAAGUUGAAACUGAGGCCUUUUCCACCUCAAAUCUUUACAUGUGUGUGACCAACAUGUUGAAGAUUUGAAAAUUUGAUCAUUAAAGCCCAGUCUGCUGCCCCCCACCCGCCCUGACCUUCAUCCCUCUCUGCUUCCUGCCUUCAGUCUCCUCACAGCACGCGCCCUCUGCUUCACACUCACGAUGUAAAGCGUGUUUGACUUUGUUGCUCCGGUCCUACAGCCAGCCAGAGGGUCCAUUUGUGUGAGGAUGUGUAUAUUUUCUAUUAUUAAUAAUAAUAUUAUUAUUAAUAAUAAUAGCAUUAUUAUAUUAUUAUGAUCAUGACUUGUUUUUGUUACGUUUUAAUUAAUGUAAAUUGGAAAUAAAAGACAAAACCAA